AUGUCAAGUGAAAGCUCCACCACCGCUCAGACCUGUUCCCAGACCACCGCCUCUGAGGCCGAUUCCACCGCCUCCAGGCCAACACCACCGCGAUAUGUACGACCACGCACCGCCCCGCCCAUCAGGAGACCAACAAUUCCACCUCCCAAGCCCACAAGAAGAGUAAUCACAAGGAAACCGACAAUAAGGAUCCCAAAGCCACCAGUAACCCAAAGACCUGUAGUGCAAACUACUCGAAGAUUCCUGAUUUGGUCACGGAAUCCUACUAGAUUAUUACCAACUAUACCAAAUAUAAGGCCAACCCUAUGGACCAGGCCACCAGUGCGCCCUCCGUUGCCAACUGUUCGUCCAACACGUCCAAGAGUGGGUCCCACUUUAUGGACAAGACCUCCUGUAAGAGUCACAGUGCGGCCCACCGUUCAACCAACGAUUAGACCCACCAUAAGACGCACCAUAUGGACCCGACCACCAAUAUCAAAUCGACCCACAAUUGCUACACGAAGACCCACUAAUCCCACAAGACCUCCAGUUAGAACCACAAUUCCCCGUUCGACUUUAUGGACUAGGCCUCAAACAAGAACCACUAGGCGAUUAACGUUUAUUUUUAACGAGUCCACGCCAACACGAUCAAUUCGCACCACUAUACCUCCAAAUCCGGAAAUCACUAGAUCCACAAGAAGCUUAAUAUUCGUGUUUCCAAGGGAUACUACUUCAUUGGCUCGUCGUCCCAAUUGGACUGUUCAUCCCACGGAUAGACCAAGAGGAUUUUUGGUUACCACUAUGAGAGCCUGA